AGAGAGAGAGAGAGUUCUUUCUUUUCUUCCUGUUUUGGCCUAAAACCCUGUCCUCUCUCUCUGUCUCUGUUUCUCUCUCUAGAAUCUCUCUUCCAGUUUUUUUCUCUCUCUACUCGUUGUGUUCCUCAUUGAUCUGCAAUUGCAAGCUCUCUUUGCGAUGAGAUUUCGCCUCAAUUUGCCAUUGUGAUGGACGAGGCUCGUGCUUCCAGGACGCUUGUAAUUUUUGCGCUGGAUUUUGAAUAUUCAAAGUGUACUACGUGCAGAAAACUCUGAAUUUCAUCUGGGUUUAUGUAAAUCCGGCCUCAGAAGGAGAAAUUGGCUAUAAUCCCCAAGUCGGGGACACCGAUUUUGGUUUUCUCUUUGGUGGGUAUGUGCCAAUUAUAAUUGUUUUUUGGGUAAUAUUAGGGAGAGAUGACAGGGGGAAGGAUAAGGACUAAGCUCCGACAAAACCACUUGUACACAUUCUCUUGCCUUAGGCCAAAUGACUCCGUGGCAGAAGGUCCUCAUCCAAUCCCUGGCCAUGGCCACUCAAGAAUUAUAUAUUGCAAUCAACCUCUUCUCCAUAAAAAGAAGCCUCUGAAGUAUUGCUCCAAUUUUAUAUCGACCACCAAGUACAACUUUAUUUCUUUCUUGCCCAAAGCGCUUUUUGAGCAGUUCAGACGCGUUGCUAAUGUCUAUUUCCUUUUGGCGGCAAUUAUCUCUCUCACAGCGGUUUCGCCCUUCUCUCCCGUAAGUAUGAUUGCUCCUCUGGCGUUUGUUGUGGGGCUCAGUAUGGCCAAGGAAGCUUUGGAAGAUUGGCGUAGAUUCUUGCAGGAUAUGAAGGUCAACCUCCGGAAAGUGAGUGUUCAUAAAGGAAAUGGUGUCUUUGGAUAUAGGCCCUGGCAUAAGAUCCGGGUUGGAGAUGUGGUGAAAGUGGAAAAGGAUCAGUUCUUUCCUGCGGAUUUGCUUUUGUUGUCAUCGAGUUAUGAGGAUGGGAUUUGUUAUGUGGAGACUAUGAACUUAGAUGGGGAAACAAAUUUGAAGGUAAAGAGAUGUUUAGAAGUAACUUUGCCUCUAGAUGAUGAUGGGGCAUUCAAAGAUUUCAAAGGAACAAUUCAGUGUGAAGACCCAAACCCCAAUCUUUAUACCUUUUUGGGUAAUCUCGAUUUUGAUCGUCAGGUUUAUCCUCUUGAUCCUAGUCAGAUUCUCCUCAGAGACUCAAAGUUGCGGAAUACAGCUUAUGUAUAUGGAGUGGUGAUAUUCACUGGUCAUGAUAGCAAAGUCAUGCAGAAUGCAACAAAGUCCCCUUCAAAAAGAAGCAGAAUAGAAAGAAAAAUGGAUUACAUUAUUUACCUCCUUUUCAGCCUGCUUGUGUUAAUCUCUUUGGUGAGUUCUAUAGGUUUUGCUGUAAAGACAAAGUUCGAAAUGCCAAAUUCAUGGUACUUGCAACCUGAGGAUACUGAAGAUAUGUAUAACCCACGAAAACCUGCCUUGUCUGGCCUUAUCCAUCUGGUCACUGCUCUCAUCCUUUACGGGUACUUGAUACCCAUCUCUCUUUAUGUUUCGAUUGAGGUUGUGAAGGUUUUGCAAGCUACCUUCAUUAACCAAGACAUACACAUGUAUUGUGAAGAGACUGGGAAUACUGCUCAAGCACGGACAUCGAAUUUGAAUGAGGAGCUGGGCCAGGUUCACACUAUCCUUUCGGAUAAAACUGGCACUUUGACCUGCAAUCAGAUGGACUUUCUCAAAUGUUCCAUUGCUGGUACUGCAUAUGGUGCGCGUUCGAGUGAAGUUGAGCUAGCUGCGGCCAAACAGAUGGCUAUUGACCUUGGGGAACAGGAAGAUGAGUUUUCCAAUUUUCCCAUGCAAAAAGGUGGCACACCUAGUUCAUGGGAGAAUAGGAUGGCUUCAGAAAUUGAGCUGGAGACUGUUGUUACUUCCAGCUAUGAAAAAGACCAGAAACCUUCCAUAAAGGGAUUUAGCUUUGAAGAUGGACGCGUAAUGAAUGGAAAUUGGUUGAAAGAGCAUAAUGCUGAUGUUGCUUUGUUGUUUUUCCGGAUAUUAGCAGUUUGCCACACUGCAAUUCCCGAGCUAAAUGAAGAGACUGGUACUUUUACCUACGAAGUAGAGUCACCCGAUGAAGGCGCUUUUCUUGUUGCAGCAAGAGAAUUUGGUUUCGAGUUCUGUAAAAGAACUCAAUCAAGUGUGUUUGUCCGGGAAAAAUACCCUUCUUCAGUUGAAAGGGAAUACAAAAUACUGGGUAUGUUGGAUUUCACCAGCAAAAGGAAGAGAAUGUCUGUAAUUGUACAGGAUGAGGAUGGGCAAAUUUUUCUUCUCUGCAAAGGUGCAGACAGCAUCAUCUUUGAGUGUUUAUCAAAGAAUGGGAGAAUGUACGAGGAAAGUACUACUAAACAUUUGAAUGAAUAUGGAGAAGCCGGGUUACGUACACUGGCACUUGCUUAUAGAAAGCUUGAGGAGUCUGAGUACUCUUCUUGGAACACUGAGUUUCAGAAAGCAAAAACAUCCAUUGGGGCCGAUAGAGAGGCAAUGCUUGAGAGGGUGUCGGAUAUGAUUGAAAGAGAGUUAAUUCUUGUUGGUGCUACUGCUGUCGAAGACAAAUUGCAAAAGGGGGUGCCCCAGUGCAUAGACAAACUUGCACAAGCUGGCCUAAAGAUCUGGGUUCUGACCGGGGAUAAGAUGGAAACUGCAAUAAACAUAGGAUAUGCUUGUAGUUUGCUCCGACAGGGCAUGAAACAGAUAUGUAUAACAACAACGAACUCAGACACGUUAACUCAAGAUAGCAAAGAGACUUUUUUGCUUUUUGCCAAUGAUCAGGCUGUAAAAGAGAACAUUCUAAAUCAAAUCACCAAUGGUUCACAAAUGGUCAAGUUAGAGAAAGAUCCGCAUGCUGCAUUUGCUCUAAUUAUUGAUGGGAAAACUUUAACCUAUGCUUUAGAGGAUGACAUGAAGCACCAAUUCUUGGCAUUAGCAGUUGACUGUGCAUCAGUCAUUUGCUGCCGCGUUUCUCCAAGACAGAAGGCAUUGGUAACGAGGUUAGUAAAAGAAGGAACUGGAAAAACCACCUUAGCAAUUGGUGAUGGUGCAAAUGAUGUUGGGAUGAUACAAGAAGCUGACAUUGGAGUUGGCAUCAGUGGCGUUGAGGGUAUGCAGGCUGUGAUGGCCAGUGACUUCUCCAUUGCGCAGUUCCGGUUCCUCGAGAGACUUUUGGUAGUUCAUGGACAUUGGUGCUACAAAAGGAUCGCUCAGAUGAUUUGCUAUUUCUUCUACAAAAACAUCGCAUUUGGUCUCACCCUCUUUUACUUUGAGGCAUUUACGGGCUUUUCUGGGCAAUCAAUAUAUGAUGACUGGUACAUGCUAUCGUUCAAUGUCAUUCUUACCUCAUUGCCUGUCAUUUCACUUGGAGCAUUUGAACAAGACGUUUCUUCUGAGGUCUGCCUACAGUUCCCUGCUCUGUAUCAGCAAGGACCCAAGAAUUUGUUCUUCGACUGGCCUAGAAUACUGGGGUGGAUGGGCAAUGGCCUCUACUCCUCUCUUAUAAUCUUCUUCCUCAACAUUAUCAUCUUUUAUGACCAAGCUUUCAGUUCCGGAGGCCAGACGGCGGACAUGGCUGUUAUGGGGACUGCAAUGUUCACUUGCAUCAUCUGGGCCGUCAACUGCCAGAUUGCACUCACAAUGAGCCACUUUACAUGGAUCCAGCACCUCUUGGUUUGGGGCAGUGUCGCGAUGUGGUAUCUGUUUCUUUUACUUUAUGGCAUGAUGUCUCCGACUUACUCCGGAAACGCCUUCCAAAUUCUACUUGAAGCUCUUGGUCCUGCUCCCAUUUUUUGGUCAGCCACACUCUUAGUAACAAUUGCUUGUAAUCUACCUUACUUGGCUCACAUAUCCUUCCAAAGAUGUUUCAAUCCAAUGGAUCACCAUAUCAUUCAAGAAAUCAAAUACUACAAGAAAGACGUCGAGGACCAGCACAUGUGGACGAGAGAACGAUCGAAAGCGAGACAAGAAACAAAGAUCGGAUUCACGGCAAGGGUGGAUGCGAAGAUCAGGCAGUUGAGAGGGAGGCUUCAAAAGAAGCAGACAUCCAUCACCGUGCAAAGUACAGCUUCCACAUUGUGACAAAGUCCAUGAUUUUUCAAUUUUGAUUUUUUUUUUUUCCUUUUAGAGUUUGUGCCAGUUUGCAGUCUCAUAUAUAUAGUAGCCCCUUUUUUUCCUAAUCAUUUCUUGGCAUUUGUUUAUUCAGUCAAGUGGGGUCGGUCAAAGUCCCAUUCAAUAUAGAGAAAACACGUUUGGAGUUGUUGUAUGUACAAUAUCCUACCAAUUUGAAGAGUUAAAAAAAGAUUGUGAAAAUAGUUGAUAACCACAUCUGCUUGUUUAU